AUGCCUAGCCACAAAACACCUCUCGGCGCCCGCGACGCGAAAUUGUCGCCGGGCGACGUGGCGGCUGUGGCGGCUGCAGCGCAGGCCACGUUCCAGGCGCUAACGCAGGCGUUGGAGGAGCGCUGGCCACUGUUGCAGGCGCUGGAGGCGAGCGCCUCCGAG